UCUCUGUUUAUGCUUCUUCCCUUUGACAUCGUAAAGAAAGUGUAUCAGUGUGUGUUGGGUGAGUGAAUAGAAAUUGAAAAACUUGAUGAUUUUGUUGAACCCCAGAUUUUGGCAUGGAAAUAGCCUUAUCGCUUCCUCUUGAGCGUUGCCAUGUUCAUGUUGGGACAAGUUUUGGGUCGAUAACCCCAACGUUGUCUGAAAAGCGCAGCAUGUUCAUUCUCGGUAUGGGAUUUUUUGGGCAAUCACUUGCACGCAAACUCCACAACCAAGGAUGGGUCGUGUCUGGGACUUGCACAACCCAUGUGAAGAAGAAGGAACUUCAGGAAAUGGGGUUUAAUGUCCACCUUUUCGAUGCAAACCACCCCGAUGUGGAUGUCCUACAAGUAAUGAAAAAUUACUCUCACAUUCUUGUUUCUGUCCCACCUCUUGUAGGCAUUGGUGACCCGAUGCUUCGGCAUGAAGAGCUUUUGAGAAGCUCGUUAACUGAUGGGGAUCUUCGGUGGCUUUGUUACUUGUCUUCAACUAAUUCAAAUAUGAUGACAGAGACACUUUCUGCCUUGCAGGUGUCUAUGGAGACUGUGAUGGUGAAUUGGUGGAUGAGGAGUAAGAGAGUUUAUCCAACAAACCCGGAAAGUGGGUUGGCUAAAUUAAGGUUAGCUUCUGAAGAAGGCUGGUCAAAUUUGGCUCACAAUCUUGGGAUCUCACCGCUUUUAUUUCGACUAGGAGGUAUCUAUGGCCCCGGUAGAAGUGCUGUUGAUACAAUAAUCAAGCAGAAGCCAAUGUCAGAAGGUCAGAAAAGGAGAAAAAACCGAAAAUAUACAUCCAGAAUACAUGUUGAUGACAUCUGCCAGGCACUGAUGGCUACUGUUCUUGCACCUCCCCCCAGGGAAGUUUACAAUAUCGUUGAUGAUGACCCUGCUCCGAGGGAAGAAGUAUUUGAAUAUGCAAUGAAAUUGGUGGAGAAGAAAUGGCCAGGGUUGAAGUUACAAAGUGUAGAGCAGAAGCAGAAAGAGUGGCCAAAUGCGAAGAAUCCAAGGGGUGAGAAGAGAGUGUGUAAUGCUCGAAUGAAGAGGGAACUGGGGGUGCAACUACUUUACCCUGAUUACAAAUCAGGAUUGAAGAGUAUAAUUCACCAAAUUCAGACUCCAUUCCAGUCUCAUUGAUAUUCAUAUUACUUCAUGUUGUUUUUUCAUAUCGUGUGUGUGCAAAUUCCCUCAAACAAAAAAGAAACAGUAAAAUAACACGUUUAAAUUUCAAAUUUCCAACCAAUAGAAUUGCAAAUAAAGUCAUGAAAAUCCAAACUUUGAAUC